AUGGGAACAUAUUCCCUGAUAAAAAGCAUAUUUCAAACUUCCUCCUGUCUAUUCUCACUUCUCACAAACUGCGUUAUAAUUGUCUUGAUAUUCAGUAGCUCUCCUUCAAAAAUGGGAAGCUAUAAGUACUUGUUAUGUUAUUUUUCUAUGCUAUCAAGCUUUGUUGCUUUUCUGGAUUUGCUCAUAUCACCGUAUGUCUACAGUUUUGGAAGCUGUGCAGUGACAAUUAUGGACCUGAGAGACACCAUUUUCGAAAAACAUUCAAACGUGGCUUUUUGCUUAUUGGUUUUCAUUUGUGGCAGCUUUGGCGCAAGUCUAUUUGCAAUAGCUAUCAACUUUAUCUACAGAUAUUUUGCUCUUGAAAGAAAAGGCCGCCUUCAAUAUUUUAAAGGAAAACGGUUGGUUCAUUGGAUUUCUCUAUCCUUACUUGCGGGCAUAAUAGAGUCUUUACUCUUCCUAUUCCUUGGUCCUCAAAGGGAACUGUCUGAUUAUGUCAGAGCGAACUUAAGAGAGUUUUAUGAUUUGGAUGUUGACAAAACUGUUUAUGUCGGAUGGUGGUAUUGGAAAAUGGAAAAUGGAAAUGUGAACUUAAGCGUUGACUACUUAUUGAAAUUUUUGAUAAUGAAUAUUUCGAUGAUCAUACCGUUUUUCACAAUUGUUUAUUACGGGACAAAGAGUUAUUUUAAAAUCAAAACGGUUUUGUCUCAAGGCGAAAGUGAAUACUCACGAAGGCUUCAGAGCCAGCUGUACAAAGUGCUUGUUGCUCAAACUUUUAUUCCUGUCGUCUUUUUAUUUAUUCCAACUGGAUUUUUCCUUAUCUGCCCACUGUUUGGUCUAAAUAUACAAUGGUCUAAUAAACCCAUAAUAAGUAUGUAUUCACUCUACAUUGCACUCGAUUCGAUUCCCGUGAUUUUUCUAGUGGACGAAUAUAGAAACGCAUUUUACAAUUUCUUCCGACGACUUUUUCUGAAAAAUGAAGUGGCUUCUGUAUCAGCAUUUGACUCGAAUUUGGCUAUUUCGUGA